GCACCUAUCUUUCCAUCCAUGGCGUACUCGUCAGUCAACGUUCACCGGGAAGAAGACGGCGAUGGGGACCACCUGAUUUCCAUACCAAAGGUGAAGCUACAGAGCAUUUCACACCUCGCCGACUACCUGCCGGACCAAACCCUCCAAACCCAAACCCAAACCAACCCGCUGGGCAGCAACCCCUUCUACCACGCCGUCCCGGGCUUCUACCUUUCGGCCGGCGACGUUGUCCUCCGGCAAAGCACCUUGGACCUCUCCGGCGCCUUCCCUUCCUCCACGCCUCCCAUGGCCUACCUCCGAGCCGGGCCACGGAAGCAAAUCUACUUUGAGCCGGGCCGAGUUCGGGCCGCCAUCGUCACCUGCGGCGGGCUCUGCCCCGGGAUGAACACCGUGAUCCGGGAGCUGGUGGUGGGGCUGUGGGAGAUGUACGGCGUUCGCGAAAUCUUCGGGAUUAAAUCCGGGUACCGCGGGUUCUACUCCUUUGAACCGCUCCGGCUCGACCCGAAAAUGGUAGACGGGUGGCACAGAAAUGGCGGCACCAUGCUUGAGACAUCUCGAGGCGGAUUUGAUCUUCACAAAAUUGUUGAUGCCAUCCAAAAUCAAGGCUUUAAUCAGGUUUACAUUAUCGGUGGAGAUGGAACAAUGCGUGGGGCAGUGGAAAUAUUCAACGAAAUUGAACGCAGGAAACUGUACGUUUCAGUUGUAGGCAUCCCAAAAACAGUAGACAAUGAUGUGGGCAUUAUCGACAGAUCAUUCGGGUUCCAAACGGCGGUGGAGAUGGCGCAGCAAGCGAUCAGUGCAGCCCACGUGGAAGCCGUGAGUGCAGUGAAUGGAAUAGGGGUGGUUAAGCUGAUGGGGCGCAGCACAGGACACAUUGCGCUGCAUGCAACCUUAAGCAGCCGAGAUGUGGAUUGUUGUCUGAUCCCCGAGAACGAGUUUUACUUGGAAGGAGAGGGAGGCCUCCUCGAAUUCCUCGAACGCCGACUCAAGCAGAGCGGGCACGCGGUCGUUGUGGUCGCGGAGGGGGCCGGACAGGACAUGCUCCCAAGAACUGAGUCUCAAAGACAGGAAAGAGACGAGUCAGGUAAUCCUGUGUUGUUGGACGUUGGGGCGUGGUUGAAGGCGGAGCUGAAGAGUUGGUGGGGUAGGACUCACCCGAAUCAGCUGUUCACUAUAAAGUAUAUUGAUCCAACGUACAUGAUCCGGGCUGUUCAUGCAAACGCACCAGAUAAUCUAUACUGCACUCUCCUCGCCCACGCUGCAAUUCACGGCGUGAUGGCAGGGUACACCGGGUUUGUGUGUGGUCCUGUAAAUGGAAACUAUGCGUAUAUUCCAGUGAGUGAAGUGGCAACAGCAAAGAAUAAGGUGGAUACAAGGGACCAUAAAUGGUCAUGGGUCAGAUCAGUCACCAAUCAGCCUGAUUUUCUUACAACUUAAUUUAUGUAUGCAUGCCGGCCCACACAAGACAUAGCAUGCACUUUCUUUAAAUUCUACUUUCAU